GCACCAUGAUAGACCCCAGCUCGUCCGAGGAGGACAGCGAGGACGAGCGGCGGGCAGGGGAGCCCCAGCCCGUGCCGCUGCUGCCCCCGGGACGGCACCCGCGCGCCACCCCCCAGCACCACCCCGCCGCGCACCCCGCCGCGCACCCGGCCGCGCAGCAGCAGCACCACGACGACCACCGCCAGCACGGCCAGCACGGCCAGCAUCCGCCCCACCAACAGCAACAGUCCAGCGCGCUCGAAGUGCCCGGGGCAGGCCUGCCAAGGCCACAGACUGCCGGAGCCAGGGUCCCCCUCGACGUACCUCCGCCGCAUCAUCGUCGGUCGCUGUCGCCCGCCUCGGCAGUGUCCGCGGAGACGCUGAGUGUUGCCACCGCGGCCUCCAGGACCAACUCCCUGCCCAGGCCCGCCAGCCCGAGCCCCUCCGUGGCCAGUGGCAACGCGCAGGACCUGCAGCAGCAGGAUAUAGAUCCAUAUGAACGACAAGAACGAGAAGAAGAAGAACGGAAAAGACGGAUCCAACUGUAUGUGUUCAUAUCCCGAUGCAUCGCCUACCCUUUCAACGCCAAGCAGCCGACAGACCUCACUAGGCGCAACAUGAAAAUUACCAGAACUCAACUCGACCAAAUCUUGCUGAGGUUCCAGGCGUUUAUGAAAGGUGACACCCAGAUCAUGGCCGACGAAGCCUUCCAGAACGCUGUCGCUAACUACUACGAAGUGUUCCUUAAGUCGGACCGCUUGACGAGUAUGGUGACCUCCGGCGCCUGCAGCCAGCACGACUUCAGAGAGGUUUUUAAGAAUAUGUGCGAAAAGAGAGUCCGAUCGUUGCCAGAGGUGGACGGCCUAAGCAAAGAGACUGUGCUGGCGUCGUGGAUGGCCAAAUUCGACUGCAUAAUCAAAGCAAACGACGACGACUCCAAAAGACCUUCCAGGAUGCAGCAACCGCUCAACAGCGAGCUUAUCCUUAGCAAGGAGCAGUUGUACGACAUGUUCCAACAGAUACUCGGGGUGAAAAAGUUCGAGCACCAGCUUUUGUUCAACGCGUUACAGUUGGACUCGGCUGACGAACAAGCAGCAGCCAUUCGGCGAGAGCUCGAUGGUCGAAUGCAGAAAGUGGCGGAGAUGGAAAAGAACCGGAAGUUGAUGCCAAAGUUUGUGUUGAAAGAGAUGGAAUCCCUCUAUAUCGAGGAGUUGAAAACGUCCAUAAACUUGCUUAUGGGAAAUUUGGAAUCACUUCCAGUUUCAAAAGGAACUAUGGACUCGAAAUAUGGGCUGCAAAAAUUAAAAAGAUAUAACCACAGUCGAAGGAGAAGUUCUGUCUUGAGAUCCCAGGGCUCCUUGGCCAAGCUGGAGGGUGACUCGGCCGACACCGACACUCAGCUCUCGAAGCUCGAUGUCGUGUUGACCUUCCAGCUCGAGGUUGUUGUGAUGGAAGUCAAAGGCCUUAAGUCCCUUCAGCCCAAUCGCAUAGUGUAUUGCACCAUGGAAGUGGAAGGAGGGGAAAAGCUGCAGACUGACCAAGCGGAAGCCUCAAAGCCAAUGUGGGACACACAAGGAGACUUUUCGACCACACACCCAUUGCCUGCCGUCAAAAUUAAGUUGUACACAGAAAAUCCUGGAAUGUUAGCACUUGAAGACAAAGAAUUGGGAAAAGUUAUUUUAAGGCCAACUCCGGUGUCGGUUAAGGCACCCGAGUGGCAUAAGAUGAUAGUACAUAAGAAUUGCCCAGACCAAGAUUUAAAGAUAAAAGUAGCCUGUCGAAUGGACAAACCGCUCAACAUGAAACACUGCGGAUACCUGUACGGGGUCGGCAAGUCUGUAUGGAAGAAGUGGAAGAAGCGAUACUACGUGCUGGUGCAGGUGUCGCAGUACACGUUCGCACUGUGCACGUACAAGGAGAAGAAGACGGAACCGGCAGAGAUGAUGCAGCUAGACGGGUACACGGUAGAUUACAUAGAGCCUGCCAGCGUGAAUUCGUUCGCGUCGCAAGUCAUGACGGGGUCCUCGGACCUGGAGGGCGGCCGGCACUUCUUCAACGCCGUCAAGGAGGGUGACAGCGUGCUGCUGUCCUGCGACGACGAGAACGAGUGCCACUUGUGGGUCAUGGCGCUGUACAGGGCCACGGGCCAGAGCCACAAGCCGGCCCCGCCCAUCACGCCCGCCAACAAGAACUCCACCAUCUCCAAAAUACAGGGCGACGCUGACCGGGCACGGAAGCACGGCAUGGAGGAGUACAUCUCCGCCGACCCGUGCAAGUUCGACCACGCCACCCUGUUCAAGAUGCUGCAGACGCUCACGCUGGACUACCGGCUCAACGACCCCUACUGCUCACUGGGGUGGUUCAGCCCGGGCCAGCUGUUCGUGCUGGACGAGUACUGCGCGCGGUACGGCGUGCGCGGCUGCUACCGCCAUCUCUGCUACAUGGGCGACCUGCUGGACCGCGCCGAGAACAACAUCAUGAUCGACCCCACCGUCAUCCACUUCAGCUUCGCCUUCUGCGGGAGUCAUGUGCACGGCAACAGCGCCGAGAUUCAGGAGGACAAUACUCCAGUGGUCAGGCCUGACGGCGUCGGCACCGUCACGCACGAGGAGAAGGAACGGUUCCAGGUCAUCAAGGAACGCCUGAGGAUCCUUCUGGAGCACCAGAUCACCAACUUCCGGUACUGCUUCCCGUUCGGCCGGCCCGAGGGCGCGCUCAAGGCCACGCUGUCCCUGCUGGAGAGGGUGCUGAUGAAGGACAUCGCGACGCCGGUCCAGCCGGAGGAGGUGCGCGGCAUGAUCAAGAAGAGCCUGGAGACGGCCGCGCUCGUCAACUACACGCGCCUCUCCGCCGAGGCCAAGAUAGAGGGUGGCGAGCCGCAAAUGCAAAUGCAAGACGACAUGAGCGGCGAGAUGAUGGUGCCGCCCGGCAAGAAGCUGGAGGACCUGAUCAACCUGGCGCAGAGCUGCGUGGAGCUGCUACAGCAGAACGAGGAACACUACGCCGAGGCUUACCGAAUGGACAAAGCCUUCGCGUGGUUCAGCGACCUCCUGGUCGAGCACGCUGAGAUCUUCUGGGGGUUCUUCGCCGUGGACAUGGACCAGGUGCUCGCGGAGCAGCAGCCGGACACGUGGGACUCGUUCCCGCUCUUCCAGAUCCUCAACGACUACCUCAGGGCGGACGACAACCUGAAGAACGGGCGUUUCCACCAGCACCUCAGGGAGCUGUUCGCGCCACUCGUGGUUCGAUACGUCGACCUGAUGGAGUCGUCCAUCGCGCAGUCCAUCCACAAGGGCUUUGAGAAGGAGCGGUGGGAGCUGAAGGGGAACGGGUGUGUGACGUCAGAAGACCUCUUCUGGAAGCUAGACGCGCUGCAGUCGUUCAUCCGUGACCUGCACUGGCCGGACGCCGAGUUCCGGCAGCACCUGGAGCAGCGCCUCAAGCUGAUGGCCUGCGACAUGAUCGAGUCGUGCAUCACGCGCACCGAGUCGGCCUUCCAGUCGUGGCUGCGCAAGGGGGUCACCUUCAUCUCCACGGACUACAUCAUGCCGUCGGAGAUGUGCGCCAUGGUGAACGUGAUCCUGGACGCCAAGAACCAGUCCUUCAAGCUAUGCGCGGUAGAUGGCAUUGAUGUGCAUCAGUACCACACUAAGAUCGACGACCUGAUCGAGAAGACGCUCACCAGCAUGAGCCAGGGGCUGAUCCAGAAGCUGGUGUCCGUGCUGGAGGCCACGCUGUCCAAGCUGGGCCGCUACGACGAGGGCAGCCUCAUCGGCUCCAUCCUCAGCUUCACGAAUGUUUCGGGAUCCGGAAAAGAAAUGGGGCAGGCGUACGUCAACUUUGCUCGAAAUGCCAUGGAUCAAAUUCGCAGCAAAAUAACUGAUGAGCUUUGGAUCCUCACUUUCUUUGAGCAAUGGUACACGCAGCAAGUGCAAGUUCUGUGCAACUGGCUGUCUGAAAGGCUGGACCAUUCCCUGCACGUGUUCCAGUGCCAGUGCCUCUCCAUCAUCGUAAAGAAAAUGUACACAGACUUCGAGCUACAGGGAGUCAUCGAGGACAAACUCAACUCCAAAACCUACCAAACAGUGGCCAGCCGAAUGCAAACGGAGGAGGCAACAUGCGCUCUGACCAUGAGCCAGGCGGACGACUUCGCCGACACUGGCAUGGACGACGACGGCGAGAGGAGCAAGCCCAAGGUGACCAUCAGGGAGACGAUCGGCGAGGACGGCAACGUGGUGGCCAAGCUGAGCAACCUGACCACCAACGUGGCCGGCAGGAUGGGCGACGUGGUGGGCAAGGGCUUCGGCGGCCUGGCCAGCAAGUUCGGGGGCGGCGGCAGCUGGUUCUAGACUGGCCCUACACUAGCUCCAGACUGGCACACUGACAACCUUGGCGGCCGAGGGCGAAGGCCGAGACUCGCAGCCUCUGUUUCUAUUUUUGAUCGUCAAGAAAUGUAUUCCGCUGUAAAUUGACCAGACUUUUCCUUGAAAUGUUCUGUAUAUUUGAUAUUGUUGCGUAUAUCUCAGCAGUGUUUUAUAUUUUUAUCCAUGCACUGCAAGAUAUAUGGAAAACUUGGAUAGAGAUAAAGCCCAUCAUUUUGAUAGAACGAAGGAAAAUUAUGGCCAAUUUGUGCGCUCCUGCACUAUGUUUUCUUGCAGUGAUUAAUUGUGAUUUUCGGACCGUCCAGGUCCCUGAGUCCGACGUGCUCUCGAGAAAUAGUUGAGAAUAGUUUAGAGGAGGGCACAAAAAGUAUCAGUACAAUACGUCUUGUGUACAUAUUAUAAAUACCUCUAGAGCGCCUCCCAGGUAGGCCAGUAUGAGUACGAGUGCGCAACAUCUAGUUCAAGUAGGGGUAGGGUUUUAUUGUGUUGCGUAUCGUAGUGUAAAUAUUGUUAAGCUGGGUUUUUUUCUUUAAGCCCUUUGCUAUGUAUAUACUUUUUGUUAUUGACAAAAUUACCUAGAUAACAAAGUGCUGUUUAAAAGUUUUUUUAAACGUGUUGAAAGUUGCUAUGAAUUUUACAAUGUAUGAAAAAGGAUGAUAAUUUGUACUUACACUGACAAAGUGAUUUGUUAUUUAAAAGCAUUGUUGUGGACAGGCCGCGGCGCAAAACGGCGAAGAACGUCUAUUGUUCGAUCUAUCUCUACCUAUCUAUCUCUGAAAUUCUCCUAACAAGCAAUUUAUGAGCUACUCUAUUUCUGCCUAUUUUCUGAAUCUAUGUCUUUGCCAUUCAUAUGGCGAAAAAAAAAUGAGUAUUUUCUUCUGGUUUUCUGCUGUUUCAAGCUAGACUCAGAUAUUCUUCUCAACCAUAUCCCUAGGGCAACCUUUUCUGUCAAAUCUUACUUCUAUUUCAGAAUCUAGAAUACUUUUCAAAUUACGUACUUCUUUCUCUUAUUAUCAAUCUUGCCAAACUGUAGAAUAUUUGCAUGCUUUUACCAACUUCAAGUGAAAUUGAUCAAACUAAGCCUUUUGUGGGUGGGAAAGGAGAUUGUAUCUUGUGAAUGAUAUAGAAAACAUAUAAUGCACCACUGCUGGUCUUGUCAGCUGUUGUUAUGCUUCCCUUGGCGUUUUUCAACAGCUGAUGACAUGUCUCUAUAUGGUUUUUCCUCUCCACAAAUGGUUUUAUUCUUGUCAGGUUCAACUCUCCUAUUGCCUGUCCUCAACAGAACUAUUGAAAAUAUGGGAAAAGAACGCGCCGUCCUGUUCAAGAAUAAAGGGCAGAUAUGUCUAAAUUCAAGGGAAUCAUUUUUUUCCCCGAUCGCAGCAUGUAUAGUUCCAAAGCAAAGCAGGAUCUCAUGAUAAUAUUAUCUAUAGAUUCUCUCGACAAAAAUUUCUGAUGAUAAAGCAUUUUUAAAAUGUCUAGCUAAAAGUAUAGUUUGGUUGUUCUGUUCUGGUUUUAGAGAAAUAUAACAGUUUGUUGAAGCUCUGCAUGAAAUGUACUUGUUACGCUGGUUGCAAUAAUAAUUAUUUAAAGAAAAUUUUAUUUUAAGACAGUAAUGACAUGUUUUGUACGUAUGAAUUUGUUUGUAUUAUACUUGAGGUUUUGCGUGAUGCCUUUGCAAAUGUUAAUGGCUGCAAAAUGCACAUCACGAGAUAAUAGGAGACUGAGUGGCCCUUUCCCCACUUGUGUGUAUCCUUCAUUUUAAAUUGUAAAUUUUAUGAAUCAGGGUGCUGGAUCUCCAUGAAUCAAAACGGGGAUUCUCUUUCUAUUCUUCAUAAUGUUAUUUCCACUGAUGAUUGUAGCUCCACACACCCUGAUUGAGUGGAAACAAAGACGGAUUUCUCUUAUGCUUUUGUGGUACUUUGUAAACCAAAUUUUUCCUAUGGCAUUUUACAUUAGGCUAGGCAAUUAUAGAAAACCCCAAAAUCAGCGAAAGCAGAAGUUCCGAUUAUAUAUGCAUUAUAUUUCAUUUCCAAUUUUGUUUACAAUAUAAGUAUUCACAUUACUUCCAUUUAAAAUGAAGCCUAUUGUAAUGCAGACAGAGUUUGCAACGUAGAGCACUUAACACCUCUGGGAAACUUUCAGUUAACUAAGCAUAUCGUCUUUCGUGAGUAUUUCAAAACGUUGGAAUUCAGAUUUAGUUGGGGCUAAAUUAUUUGUUUAGCCCUGUUGUUACUGUAGUGCAUUCUAUAUUUUCAUGUAUCAUGUUCAUCAAAAUGUAACUGUUUCUAUUGAAGAGUUAUUGCUCUGGGAAGAAAGUCUUAACUGUGCAAACACCAUUCAGAACCUUUCCCUCUAUUUAUCUCCAAAAAUUUUGUUUCAUCGGCAUGUUUAGAUUAUUUAAAGCGCAUACUUCAUUUCUAUUGGUCGCAGCAAUCAUACACUCUUGCUGAACUCAGUCUGGUUUCGUUGGGUUACAGUGGUUCUCUUUUAAGAAUCUUACUGCCUUAUGGGUUAUCAAUCAUAUUAUUUGUCCUUAGAACUUCUGCUAAAAAAAAAUAACAAUUUUCCUAACCCAUCACCCUCCGAUAUUGUGUGUGGCUUGUGAUUCCUGACUAAUUGUUUUCAAACUCUUAGGCGGACCUUGUAUGUUCUUCUGUGCUUUGCCCCUUGUUACUUCCGCAUCUAAUUGGCAAAACCUUUUCUGGUACUCUGAGGAGGUAUGGACAACAUAUUACAAUUAAUAUGUUCCUGAAAAACUAAAUAACCCCUGUAAAGAGACUUUUCUCUUCUUGCAGCCUAAUUUCUAAUGUUUGCUGGUGUACCAUCGUUUGUCAGUCAAAAUUUCUUAACAAAUUUCUGAAAUUAAUGUAUACUUAAAUUUUCAUGGUGUCUGUCGACAAAAAAACAAAAAAACAACAGAUUUCCUACCUAUCAGAGCUGUAACAUCAAAAGUUUUGCAAUCUAUGAUAGAAAGGCAAAGUGAUAAUUCCAUUUGACUGCACGACGAAGGACUGAAUCCCCUCAAAAAUGUUUAGCUUAGUUCGUGAGAAACUCUCACUUAUUUAACCAGAUAAAUUUGAACCAUGGCCAUUUUGCUUAAAUUGUAUGGUGCAUGAUUACAUUCAGCAUGAGAGUUUAGUUUGUUAUGUGGAAAAACUACUUCUCUCUACAGGUGUUUUGUUCAGUAAUAUAGUAAUAAUGCAAUACACGUAAGGAUGAAUGUUUGAAUGCUAUUUGUGCAUGUGCGAUGGAGGACACGUUUACUUCCGACGUUGAUUCCUCGAAACAGUUUUCCCGACCAAUAAAACGAUUGUUUGUUGCCUAA